AACUACACGUCCUAAUUCACUCUUAACCUGUGUUUACAAGCUUUAGAUACAGAGCUUAUACCUUCACUGAAGUGAAAUAAUCUUCUAAAUGUUUUAUUUUAGUCAUCAAAAAAUGCAUAAAAUUGCCAAUCAGGAACAGGAAGUGCAACUUAGUUUUUAUUGCUAUUAAUAAAAUGUUCAGCGGAGAGUUUCAGUUGAAGCUCAGGAGCAGGUUCUAGACGUGUUGGUGUGAAUCUGUCACUUCCUGUGUGGUUUCCUGCCAGAGAACAAACUGUUUCCUGAGCUCUGAGCGAGUCAGGAGAGGGUUAACCUCCCUGCCUCCCUCUUCCUGUUGGUUCAGCCUGUCAUGAAACCUGUUUCCACUCGCCUCACAAACGCUUCACAAACUCUUCAGCCUCCAGGUUUCAGCUUCAGAUCUGCAGUUGGUCUCUUUGUCAGCUCACCAUGUUUGUCCCCAGACUUCUCUGCAGGUUCAGUCUCUGCUGCUCUCGACCACCAAGACUCAGAGUCUACACAUCCAGUUCGGUCUGGCCUACUUGUGUUGUUUCCAGUUACAGCAGUCAGCCUCCAUUUAAAGAUGCGUCCGUUCGUUACAGCUUCGGUCGCCCCGUCCUCUCUCUGCUCCUCCCGGCAGGUCAGCAGUGUCGUUUCACUCUGACGCCCAUGUUGACCACAGUCGGCGACCUGCUGCGUGACAUCACGGCCAAGGACCCCCUGGUGCACACCGCCACCCUGCUCAACGGAGACGGACAGAGAAUCUCUUCAUGCACCUUCAUGGAAACUGUGUUAAAUAAAGACUUUCAACUGGUCAUCAACGGCGUCAUACACAACGUCCGCUCACUUGGACAAGGGUCGUCUCAUGAACACGUGUUGGGUCUGGAUGAUAUGAAGUACGUCGUCCGUCUUCUUCACUCGGCUCUGAGUCUUCCUCAGCAGCAACACAUCAAACACAACGAGCUGCUGAUCAGACAAGAGCAGCUCAAAGAGCAGCUGCAGCCGCUGGAGACGGUGAGAGUCAAGAUGGCGCAGGAGGCGGCAACGAGAGCGUCACUGCUGGGGUGGGCGGGGCUAGCCUACCUGUCCCUGCAGGGAGGAUUCCUGGGUUACCUCACCUGGUAUGUGUUUGCGUGGGACGUCAUGGAACCAAUCACCUACUUCAUCACCACCACCACCAGCAUGAUCUUCUUUGGCUACUACAUCCUCACCAAACAGGAAUUCCUCCUUCCGAGCGUGCGGGAUCGUCAGUUCCUUCAAUUCUUCCACAAGAAAGCAUCUCAACAGAUAUUCAACGUCCAACAAUACAACGAGCUCAAAGACGAGUUGGCAAAGGUGGAGGGUGAUCUCAUGAGUUUGAGGAGUGCCAUUCGACUGAAGGUGGAUCCUCCUCCGCCACAGAGAGCCACCUGAGUUUUACUUUGUUUUUUUAUUGUGACAUUAAAUGGUAUUUUUUGCACAUUUUUUGUAUUGUUUCUGAAAAAAGAUGCUUCUGUCAGCUGUCUUCAUUAAAGACACGGUGAAAUAAAAAUACAUUUCCAUGUUUU